UUAUCAUUGUUUUUCGUCUCAAAUUUACUUAAGCCGUUGUUUUACUUGAAUUAACGGGUGUGUCGUUAUUUAUCACUUAGAAUCGCCUCUUAGCCAGCCGAAGCCUUAAUUUAGUGUAAAAUUUCUAAAUAUUUUUUUUUGUUUGUUAAAGAGCCUGUGUAAAUAAUUACAAAAGCAUUCAACAAUUUUUACAUUAUUGUUUCACAGAUUUUUGUAAAACCUCUAGUAAAAAAAAACUUUUGAAAUAUGUAAAAAUGGACAAUUAUUCAGGAAGCAUUUCAACAAUUUCAGAAAUAAACAAUUCUCAAAAAUGUAAACAAACUCUUCAAUACAAUGACGACCAUUUAGGCCCUUUGCCAAAUAAUUGGGAAAAAGCACAGACAGAACAAGGUGAAAUAUAUUUUAUUGAUCACAAUACUGGAAGCAGUCACUGGUUGGAUCCUAGAUUGUCUAAGUUUCAAAAGAGAACAUUGGAGGAUUGUGGAGAUGAUGAGUUACCUUUUGGCUGGGAUGUGGUUUUUGAUUCUCAAUAUGGAACGUAUUAUAUCGAUCAUGUUAAUCGAAAAACACAAUAUGAAAAUCCAGUAAUACAGGCAAAAAGGUUAGCCGAGCAAGCACGUUCUCAAAUGCAGAAUAUCUAUGAAAACCAUUUCACAAAGGAUGCUUCAAAGCUAUUAGGGGAGAGAAUAAUAACAAAAUUGAUUAAAUCACAAAAUGGUUUUGGGUUCACAAUAAUUGGUGGGGAUAAUAAUGAGUUUCUCCAAAUCAAAAGUAUACUACCCAAUGGUCCAGCGUGGAAUGAUGGAAAAUUAAAAACUGGAGAUGUUUUAGUAAAUGUUUGCGGUGUUUGCGUUUUAGGAUUUUCGCAUCAUGAUGUCAUUAAUAUUUUUCAAUCCAUUUUGCCCGAUGGCUAUGCAACCAUUGAAGUAUGCCGAGGUUAUGACUUGCCACCUGAUGAUCCAACAAAUACAGAAGUAAUAACAAUAGUUGCUGUAGAUAGCCAGAAUUCAAGUUCAAACAUAACAGAAACCUUAGCUCUAAAUAUAUUUAAAGAAGAAACAUUCGGUUUUACAAUAAGUGACAGCUUGCAAGGACAAAAGGUGAAGAGCAUAAUUGACAACAGAACUUGUAAGAACAUUUAUGAAGGAGACAUACUUUUGGCCAUUAAUGGUAUCAACGUUAAACAAAUGAGCCACAAUAAGGUUGUUGAAGUUCUAAAAGACUGCCCGCAAUAUUCUGAAACUUUGAUUCAAGUUCUUCGUAAUAGACAACUAAGAGAUAACCGGAAAAUAAAUGAAAACAUUUACAGUAAUAAAUUAUUAAAUUUGUAUAGAAGUAAAACCCCAACUGCUGAAAAUUACUCGUCAGAGCCCAAAAUCAUAGUGCCCAUCCGAUCAAAAACACCCGAUAGUCGACUUUGUUUGAUUAAUGAUUCUGAAAACUCAGAAUUGUAUACAAACAUGAAAAAAAGAAAUGAUUUUUUUGAAUGCAACUAUUUAGACAACGACAAAAAAACAAAUAGUAUUGAUGAACUUAAUAUAUUUAUGUCUAACUUGGCAAAUCAUUAUAAUAAUUUUGAAGUUGAUAGAAUAUAUGAUAAGAAAUAUAAUGGUUCCAAAUCGACUAAGGCUGAGAUGUGCUCAAUCUUUGAUAAUUCUAAUGAUUCUCGAGGAAAACCCGAAUCAAACUAUCAUUGUUCACAAGAAAAUUAUGUUCACUAUGAGAAUCAAGAUUGUAAUAUAGAACCACAAUUGAAUCAAUUGGAGAGAGAUAUGCAAUUAAGUAACUUACGUGAGAGUCAAAGACGUACAAAUGAUAAAUGGAAUUUAUAUUCUUCAAAACACAUAAAAGUGCGGGAUCAUAUUUUUAAAAUAAUGUUAGAUUCUCUCUCAACUGGAUUCGGGUUUCGAAUAGUUGGCGGUAUAGAGGAAUCAUCGCCAAUAACUGUUGGUUAUAUUGUACCAGGAGGUGCUGCAGACAUAAAUGGUAGGAUAAAAACAGGAGAUGAGAUUUUGUCAAUAAACGAAACGAGCCUUAAAAAAUUAUCGCAUCAUCAUGUUGUUCAAUUGAUGUUAAAAGCUGCAGACCGUGGACACGCUUUUAUUACAAUAAAGCGCCGUAUAAGUUAUCCAUAUGAUGUAUUUAUCACAAGACAUGAAAAUGAAGGAUUUGGGUUUGUAAUUAUUUCAUCAUCGUCUCAUACUUGCGGAUCAGUUAUAGGAAAAUUAAUUUUUGGUUCUCCAGCAGAAAAAAGUGGAGAAGUGAAAGUUGGUGAUCUUAUUGUAGCAGUAAAUGGUAUAAACAUUACAAAUAUGAGCCAUGGAGAUGUCGUUAAUUUAAUAAAAGAAUCAGGUUUGCAAGUUCAACUAACUAUUGAAAGUCCUAGAGAAAAUAUACAAGAGUUUAUCGAACAAGAAACUAUAAACCAAUCAAUGAACAAUUUUCCAAUUAUUUGUUGAGUCUUUAUAAGUGAAAUAAGCAACAUGGACCAAAUAGCAUAAAAAAUUUAUUUUUGUACACACUAAAGAAAGUAAAUUUAUUUUUAAAAUAGAAUAUCAGUUGGCUUGACUUUCAUCAUACAUCAUUACAUUCAUUGAAUAUAUAAUAAAAAAUAUAAUACUAAAGCUAUUUUUUAACAAAUUUAUUUAAACAAUUUAAGCAAUAAAUAAAUGUUUUUUGAACUUAUGCACUUAUUAGAUGUAAAGAAAACUUAAGCUUAGGGUAUUCAAAAAAUAUUU